AUGCUCUUGGCGAGUGCACACCGUCUGCGACAUUGCACAGAGGCAGCCGAAGUGGACACGGAAGCAAAGGAGCUUCCGGCCGUGGUGACAGCAGCAGACGCAGCAGCGAGCACAUCGGAAGCAGCUGCCCCUGUCAAGGAGGCGAUUGCCGGGGCCCUCGGCACUAGCCCAGCACCAGCCCCAGCCAAGGGCAAAGCCAAGGGCUCCUUCGAGGGUGCUGGAAAGGCCAUACCUGUGGCGGCAGCAGACCCGGAGGAGACUGAGCAGACAGGAGAGGAUGUGAGUACGAGUGCGGAGGGCGACCAGGACGAAACAGAGGACAGCUUCGAAUCUGCACGACGUGGCGACCUGAACAAGGUGAGUACGAGUGCGGAGGGCGACAAGGACAAACAAGAGGACAGCUUGUUGGAAGCUGCACGACGUGGCGACCUGAACAAGGUGAAGGAGCUCUUGGCGGACGGUUGCGACCCACGUGCCUGGGUGAGUGGUCAAGAGACUUUCGCAAACAGAGCACUUGCUGCCGAUGGCAAAAGCCGGGGUUUCAUCCCCAGGACAAGGGCUGCCGAUGGCAAAAGUUCGGGAACCAUGCCCCUCAUUGCAGCUGCAGUCUCAGGGCACAGCCAUGUUGUGUGGGAGCUCUUGCAGUCCAGAGCUGAUCUGAAUGAGAGAGAUUCCGAUGGACUCACAGCGCUCUCGGCAGCUUUCUGCUCGCCGAAUUGCGACAUCCACAUGUGGUUUCUUCUCCAUCACGCAGUGGAUCAGGAGCGAAAGAAGCCUUCUCAGAGCUCGGAUGCUCAAGCAGACCUCCGAAAUGAUGAUGAGCAGCCCUUGCACAAGCUCCAGAACACUCAAGCAGACAUCAGGGAAGACCCGGGGCGAAAUCAGAGUUCGGACACUCCAGAAGGUUUCCCGGAGGAGGAGAAGCGCACCUUACACAUGCACUCGAACGCCGGAGCAGACAUCCGGGAGCAUGAGUUUUUGCGCAGGCUCUGCGACGGGAACAUGAAUGCAAAAACGAUGGCAGACAUCCGGGCGGAUGAGAAGCGGACCGAGCGCAUGCUUGUUACACUGCUGCGUGGAGAGGGACAUAUCUUCACGGAAAUGGUUGCCGGCUUGCUGAAAGAGGUUGAACCCGGCCGCUACCGGUCAGAGAGAUUGAAGGAGCGGAUGCGCACAGUCCUUUGCGACUAUGCGCUGGACGGGCAGAAGGUGCAGAAGUUUCUUGAGGAUCGUGGGAGGGCUCCUCGAAAGUCCAUGUAUGUCCUAGCAGACGAUCGUGCCAAGAAGCCCGACGAUGUCGAUGCAUUCAACCUGAGCUGGCACAAUAUGCUCUAUGCGCCGGAAGUACAAGUGUCGUUGCGAAGCUUACCCAUCGCGGCACCUCUGGCAUGCGAGCCGUCGGUGCUUGCGGCGCUGGCAGAGACCGCUAACGAGGAGACCCUACAAACAGACACCGUGGAAGCCAUCACCGCAGCGGCGUGGCUUCAGAUGCGAGUGGCUACCGCCGUCGACAAUUUCCUGAACUGCGUGGCUUUGGGAUGUUUGUGUUUGGUAACUUGGGCAUGCCGCUACGGAGACGGAGGUAUGGAUGCCCAGCCAGCACCCCAGAACUUCUCCUUGAGUUUAGAGCCGCCCAUGAUUCUUGAAUUCCAAGUGCAGACCUGGCCUGCACUAUGGGUCCUGGCAAUGAUUCAGUUCAAAGAAGGCGUGGAGUUGCUCUGGCAUGUGGACCGCGUGAAUGGAAAGGAAAUGAAGCUGCUGGGUGAUGCCGAUGUCUCCUUUGUGCAGCCUGCGCCCAGCUUGGAAACUCUCGUUGAUUUCUUCUUCUUGGUGGCCGGUUGCUUCGCGAUCUAUCGCCAGAUGGAUCUCUGCAGCGGUGGCGAGUUGGAGCCGAUCUUCUUGCCAGGCUUCUGUUCGAUGUACUGGCUCCGACUCAUGUACAGCCUUCGUGGAGAGCGGUGGCUGGGGCCCUACCUCCUACCCAUUCUGUCAGCCGUUCGAGACACCGGGGCGUUCUUCUUCGUCACCUCCUUGUGUGUCGCAAGCGCGACCCAUGCCUACGUGAUCAUGAAUCCCCGAGGCGAGGACGACCACCCCAUAUACUCUUCGUUCCUGCACACGGUUCGAUUGGCCAUCUUCGGGGACUUUGACCUCUUUGAAUACCAGGGCCAGGACACCACCUUUCAGCUUGAUGAGAAGGGCGAGUGGGCGCCGAAUGACCCCAAACCGAAAGAUGUGGGAGGAGAGGACUCCCCCUUCUGGCCCUACAUCUACCUGCAGCUCUGCUUCUUCUGCACCGGGAUCGGCAUUACGGUGCUGCUCAUGAACCUGCUGAUUGCUAUCCUAAGCCAGAACUACGAGAUGCAACAGUGCCGGGCACAAGGGCUCUUUGUUCAGGCCCGUGCGCGUAUGCUGCUGGAGGUGGGAUGUGGGUUUAAGCUGCGGGGUUUCAAGGCUCGGUGCAAGUGUACGGUUCAGGGUUUCGGGUUUGCCAGCAGUGAAGGUGGGCGCAGUGACAAGGACCCUAAACCCUAA